AUGACUGCACCGUCUGUCCACGAAUAUGCCCGUUUCCAUGGCCUUGCUAUUGACCAUACCGCAGACGAUCUCCUGGAAAACAUCUCCCACAUACCGCUGCGAGAAGCUGACGAAGACCAACAGCUGCCAGACCCGGAUUUCUCGGUCUUCGCUGACGAAUCCAGAGAGGCAAAGUUGCAGCUCACCCGCCACGAAGGCGCCGUACUGGCCGAGAGUAUCCUAGACAAUCACUCUAUCGUGAACUGGAGCAACUUCCUGCCAGAACGUCACCGUGUGCAAAACCUGAAAUUUGAGGAGCCGUUGCUUACCGGGGACAACAAAUAUGAUGUUGGGCGUUUCAGGCGCGAAGCAUCGCGUCAGGUUGAUACCGAACACUUGUUCGAGACUUGCUCCUUGAUCAGUUCUGCAUCAGGAGAGGACUACGAAGAUGAGUGGAAUGAUAUCCAGUCCGGCCGGGCGUCGAGGGAGGUCGAACAAGAGCUGGAAGAUGAAAGAUGGCAUACCACAAAAGAGGCGCUGGCACACUUGUCCGUGUCACUGAAGGACACAUUGGACGAGGACUCAAAAGCCACCAUAUUCCACAACCUUGUCCCCGCAGUGACACCGCGACCGAGAUCUCUAACACCCUUGUUGAUGCCAGAAUCACCAGCGCCACAAAGCCCGUCCUUUCCCGACCUAGACUUUCCGCUACGGUCUGAAGAAUGCAUUGACUGGGACAGUCUUCUGCUUCAACUCGACAGGGAGAUGAAGAAGAAGGACCGAAUACCGUCCGAAGAGAUCGACGGCACGGGUCCAUCAAUAGCCAAAGAGCUCCUGAUGGAGGUUCAGGACGAGGCCCAUUUGGAGUGUGAAGAGGAUUUGCAGGUGGAAGCAGUCUGUGCAUCAUUCGACAAGGAUCGCCAAGCGAGGAAGGACCUCGAGAAUCUGCACCUUGAUGUGCCAAUAAUUUCAUCGUCCUCUCAAUCAGAGCGUUCAAGCAACGCGACAGUCACAUUACCGUCUCCUUGUGAGCGUGUACAAGCCUCUAGCGCACUGGAGCCUCCAGCCACAGUAUCAAGUAGGCUCGGCCUCGAAAUUCAGCCCGAAUCAACUAACAAACAAGGCGCGAUCAACGAACAUGAGUUAGGUCCUGUUCAGGAAAUAACGUUAUCCCCAACGAUAAGGUCUGAAGAAGAUGAGAUUGGGACAAUAGAGGAUGAGCUAGAUGAAGAGCUGCUCAAGUUCGCCGAGAAUGCGGAGAAAGAGAUAGAUGCCCGCUUGAGAGGUGACAAAAUCAGCACUCCAGAGGAGUGCUUCAAACUACAAGUGCCUCUCUUGGAGCCCUUUUCGGUUGUGUCACCAUGUAGUGACCAGGGAACUGAGCUUCUCAUGCACAAGCUUAGAGAUAUGUGCUUGCUCCCCCCGAAUUCGAGACCUUCGGAGCAUGACGAGAAACUAAAUUGGUCUCCCUUUCCAACCCGAUUCACCAGGCUGGAAGUUGUCGACAGUAUAGGAGAUGAUAGCAACAUCUGCAGACUUGUGUGCCCUCCAGAAGGAGUUGUCAGGAGUGAGCAACUGCUUUGGAAACCACCUGGGCUCCGCAUCCUCGACAAGAACGACGACAGCGACAGUGAAAUAGAAGAGGACCUUGACUUACACGAAGACAUGUCUAAAGUGGUCGAGCCCGUCGUGCCCUUGAAGAGACCUAGUCAGGCGCCGGAUUCGAGCCGAAAGUCGCCAACCAAGAAUUCUCGUACAAUGCAGUCUAAAGAAGUCCAAAAUAUGGUACCACACAAGACCAGCCGUGGUUUGAGUGGUUUCUCAGCGUCUCAUGCGCUGGAGGCAUUUCUUGAUCUACGAGGAGCAAAGUUCAAGAGAGUUGCACCACCAAAACACCCUUCGACAGAUGAACUCGCAGACGAUCCCAUCCAGGCGACCCAGUCUGAAGGGGGAAAUCAUGCCAUCUUGGAAGGCGGUCAGUUCUCACAGCCAUCAGAAGCACUGGCAGAGUUAAGCCCCUCUACCAUCCAGGUACCGUCAACACCGGCCGAAGCAGCACACACCAGUGGAAACGACGACCCUUACUCACUUCUGGAGUUAAAGUGGUCCAGGGCAAUUUUGGUCGAGACAGCAACUCUCCAGAAAUGUCCUUCGCUUUUCAGUUUUCUUGAAACAAAAGGCGGCAAUCAGCUUAACAUGAUAUACCGAGAAAUGAGCAGAUCCGACCGCAGUACACCUCCUUCUGUAUCUCCUGACAUCAUUUUGAAUCCGAGGGCGGCUCUCAUAUUUACAAAUAUGCAGGCCUUGAACCAGAAAAGUCUGCCUGGACAGGGGAUCCAAGCAGGCCAAGGCAUGGUUCAAAGCAGGAUCCUGGGACUCACGCACGACUACACUCAACUGUUCAUCCUGAUCACAAUGACAGGCCCCGAGGAUAGUUUGUUGAAGUCACAAAUCGACACAAUGACCACUUUUACAGGGUUUUGUGCCAAUAUCUCUAGUCACCAUGGUCUCAAUGUUGACCUGGAAUUUGACACUGUCAAUCUCAUCAACGAAGAGACACUGUGGGAGCGAUUCUUGAGAAUGGCCGGGCUGAAUCCCAUGGCAGCCCAAGUUGUCCUUGGAGGAUUGAGGAAAGCAGGCCUACCUCAAACCACAUUUGACCAGAAUUGGGGGCUGAGAAGGUUCGUCAAGAUGCACCCGGAUGAGCGCAUGGUCAUGUUUGCCGAUGCCUUGGGACGGAGGAUAGUCGAGAGGGUCAAUGCCGUGCUUGACAAAAAUUGGGGCUCGGGAUGA